GCUGCCGCAGUGUGCUCGCGCCGCCCCCUGCGCUGGCCACCGCGGCUUCGGCGGUCAGCCUUGGCCAGCUUUGCGGGCAGCUGGACGAGCAGUGGCAGGAGGCAGUGCGAGGAUGCGGCUUGCUGCGGGAGCCUGAGGAAGAGCCAGAGCACCGGGAGGCGAGGAGCACGCCUGAGGACCAGACCAGAGGCGCGGCGGAGCCCGUGGAGAGGGCUGGAGGCGCUGGGGACGCCAUCUCGGAGGCGGAGGCCCCGGCAGCGGUCCCGGCGACCCCGGCGGAGGCCCCGUCAGCGGUCCCGGCGGCCCUGGCGGCG